UCUUUUCUUUUCUUUUUUUUCUUUUGCAUUUUAAUUUCACUUUUAACCGUUUCAAUUCCCGGCUCCGGCGGGUCGCGGGCCGGCACCGUGCCGCGGCGGGGCCGUGCGCUGAGUCUUGUGAAGAAAACAAUCUGAAGACAAUGUGUCUUUGACCCCCGGUACCAGCUUUUGAGCCGGAGCAAUGGAAGUUAUAGAUGGCUGCCGGCAUACUGACCCUUUGAUAGUUUCAAAUGGAUAUGCAAACAGGAUUUUCCAAGCAAACAUGGAGGAUAGGAGUGCUGAUGCAUCAGAGGUCUGUUGUGCUGAGCAUGGCACCUCCAGUGAUGCAGUCCCAAACGAACAGGAAGAAGCACCCAGAUAUAAGAAGUUGACCAAGGGCAACCGGAUCUGGAAUUUCGUUUGGCGAAGGAAAGGAUCCUCUAUGAGUAAAAGAAGGCCCCGGUCCAUGAUCGUACUGGGAGAUACUUAUGAUGCCUCUGAUGAAAAAAAGCCAUCCUUCAUGGACCGAGUAAUGCCCUUAAAAAAGCUAAGAACCUCUAAGCUGCCUAAGGAUGUAGAUUUCAGAGGAUCUGCAGUGCAGGUUGCUUGUGCCCCUGAAGAGGACUAUCCUGCUAGUGGGCAAGGAGCAGUCUACAGGGUUAGGAAACUGGGUGACGGCCAGAGGCCCUACCGCCAUUCGUAUGGGGGGCACAUUGAAGAUUUAGAUUCCUCUUUUGAAGACAUCGAGCUGAAUAUCAGCAUUCCUGAAAUUGAUGCCAAUGAAAGUAAAUGUCUCAGGGAUAUUAGUAUCAGACUACACAGUGAAGAUAAUGUUAGUAACUGCCAAAAAAUACCAGCUAGAAAGAGCGAGUCUUUGAAUUUUGAAAGCGUUAAGAGUCCUGCAAUUACGGAAGGGGACAAUCAAAAGAAGUGUACUGUACUCCCACAGGAGGGCAAAAGAGGAAGAAGCUCUGAUGUCUGGAGCUAUCUGAAAGGAAUUUCAUUAACUAGCAAAGAUAAUUCAAAGCUUCUAGAUGAAAGAGCUGAAACCAAUUUCCAGAACUUAGAAAGUACAACUGAUCAUUCCACUUCUUAUUUGGACUAUGGCAUGAGAUGUGAGGAGAAUCUUAGCCAGCAGAAAAAAUCAAACAGCACAACCAAAGCCACUCACUUUGCGGGUUUUGUGCGGUUCUUCACCAGCGUGGCCGAAGCAGCUCGGCGGCUGCGAGGCUCCUCAAAGGCAUUUUCACCUGAUGAGAAAAGGCCUCAGCGGAGUUCCCGAAGCUGGAGGCAGGAUGUCAUCUCCCGUAAAGUGAGCCUGGUUAUUGAGAAUGAAACCGCGAAUGCUUUCUGCACGGUGGGAGCGUGUCUGCAGUCCCCAGAUUCAGGCGUGUGGGAUAAUCCGAGCUUUGAGAGUUCAGUGGGGAAGGAGGCCACACAGGGCUGUAAAACUGCAGAGGUGUCACAAGACAUCGGCUUCUCUGCCCUGAGCAGCAAGAAUGAUAGUUUUAAUGAAACACCACUUUCUCCCUCUGGGCCAGAGCUCCCAGAUGACUCUGUCACUGUGAUAAAUUCUGAAGAACCCUCUGAGACUGCAGUCCACUUUCCACAGACAACUCUGACCAAACAGAUUCAGUACAUGGGCAAUACUCCAGAGGAGGCACAGGCUGUGGGCAGGGACCUGCCGCAUUUGGAAGAUCUUCCUGGGAAAGAUCUGGGUACUUCUGAACUGGGCAGUUCUCCAGCUGCUAACGGUGACUUUCCUGUUGUGACCGUGGCUCUGAUCCACCAUCCACUAAAGAUGACUCUGCAUGAACUCGAACCUCAGGAUGUGGCUUGUGCUACAGUAGUUACUAACGACAUGAGUGUGUCUCUAGCAGCAGCUCUGGAGCUUUCAAAGUCUGAACUGGAUAUGAAGGACCUGAGUAAUUCUGAGUUGCCUUUACAUGACUUAUCUAGAGAUGACUUGGACUCCAGCAAUACUCCAGGGAAGGAGCAGGUCACAGACGGGCACCUGCCAUGUUCUCAACAUCUUCCAGAGAAAAAUCUGGAUACUGCAGUGCUGAACAGUUCUCCAGCUGCUAAUGGUGACUUUUCAGCAGCGACUUCUUUAAAAUGUGCAACAGUUGAAGGAGUGGUGUUUGAGCAGACUGGUGGAUGCUUCAAAAAGCACAGAACAAGUUCACCUGUGGAACAGAACCCUGUGGAGUUACUUAGCAGAGGAGUGCGCUUUGACUGUGAUGAUGAAUGCCGUCCGUUCCAUGUGACCAUCUCUAGAAUUGUCUCCUCUGGACUCCUUAACAACGGAAAGACAAUGUCUCAUCCUUCUCAACCAUCCCCACAAGCAGCUCCCUUCAAGGUGCUUGUAGAGAGAUGUCGCUCCGAGCCGCUCUCCCAGAGCACCCCGAUGGGGCUGGACCAAGUUGGAGGGCGCAUGCAGCACCUGCUCAGAAGACGCGCUGAGAACGAACUGGCUUCCAAGACUCUGAAGGUGCGCAGGAACGGCGGACGUAGAUGGAACCUCCUCAAGCCUGGAGCUGAGAAGCUGCAAAUCAGUAGGCUGAUCAGUGGUGGUUCUAUUGUAAGUGCUGAGGCAGUAUGGGAUCACGUCACCAUGGCCAACCGGGAGUUGGCGUUUAAAGCAGGAGACGUUAUCAAGGUGCUGGAUGCUUCCAACAAGGACUGGUGGUGGGGUCAGAUUGAUGACGAAGAAGGAUGGUUUCCCGCCAGCUUUGUGAGGCUAUGGGUGAACCAAGAAGAUGGAGUGGAGGAGGGAACCAGCGAAGUGCAGAAUGGCCACUUGGAUCCAAGCGCCGACUGCCUCUGUCUUGGCAGAACCGUCCAGAACCGAGAUCAGAUGAGAGCCAAUGUCAUCAAUGAGAUCAUGAGCACGGAGCGUCACUACAUCAAGCACCUCAAGGACAUUUGCGAGGGUUACUUGAAGCAGUGCCGGAAGAGAAGGGAUAUGUUCAGUGAUGAACAGCUGAAGAUCAUCUUUGGGAACAUUGAAGAUAUCUAUAGAUUUCAGAUGGGUUUUGUCCGGGACUUGGAGAAACAGUACAACAACGAGGAUCCCCAUCUCAGUGAGAUCGGACCAUGUUUCCUUGAACACCAAGAUGGCUUCUGGAUCUAUUCAGAGUACUGUAAUAAUCAUUUGGAUGCGUGCAUGGAGCUUUCCAAGCUGAUGAAAGAUAGCAGGUACCAGCAUUUCUUCGAAGCGUGUCGUCUGUUGCAGCAGAUGAUUGAUAUUGCCAUAGAUGGUUUCCUACUGACACCAGUGCAGAAGAUCUGCAAAUACCCCCUGCAGCUCGCAGAGCUUCUCAAGUACACUGCACAGGAUCACAGUGACUACAGGUAUGUGGCUGCUGCCCUCGCCGUCAUGAGGAACGUGACUCUGCAGAUCAAUGAGCGGAAGCGGAGACUGGAGAACAUUGACAAGAUAGCUCAGUGGCAGGCGUCCGUUCUGGACUGGGAGGGAGACGAUAUCUUGGACCGCAGCUCAGAGCUGAUCUACACGGGAGAGAUGUCCUGGAUUUACCAGCCCUACGGACGGAACCAGCAGCGUGUUUUCUUCCUCUUUGAUCACCAGAUGGUUCUCUGCAAGAAGGACCUGAUACGAAGAGAUAUUCUGUAUUACAAAGGUCGCAUAGACAUGGAUAAAUAUGAAGUGGUAGAUAUAGAAGAUGGGAGAGAUGAUGACUUCAAUGUCAGCAUGAAGAAUGCCUUCAAACUUCAUAACAAGGAGACUGAGGAAAUACACUUAUUCUUUGCCAAGAAACUGGAGGAGAAGUUGCGAUGGCUCAGAGCUUUCAGAGAAGAAAGGAAGAUGGUAAAAGAAGAUGAAAAGAUAGGCUUUGAAAUUUCUGAAAAUCAAAAGCGGCAAGCGGCAAUGACAGUAAAGAAAGUCAGUAAGCAAAAAGGUGUGAGCUACUCCAAGUCGGUUCCUCCAGCCUACCCACCACCCCAGGAUCCAUUAAAUCAGGGACAAUACAUGGUGACAGAUGGCAUAUCCCAGUCCCAGGUCUUCGAGUUCACCGAACCCAGACGCAGCCAGGCACCAUUCUGGCAAAACUUCAGCAGGUUAACACCAUUCAAAAAAUAAUACUUAGAGAGAUGGAGAAUUUUAACUUAAAAGAACUUAAAAAAAUAAAAAUAAAUAAAAUUAUAUUUAUAGAUGGACCUUUUUUCGGAGAAGCACUGUUGCAACUAAAUAUAUAUACAUAUAUAUAUGUAUACACAUUUAAAAAAUAAUACAUAUAUAUAUAUACAUAUAUGUAUAUAUAUAGAAGGACCAAAAACUUUUUUUGUUGUUUUUGGGAAGCAGUCUGCUACUAGAUAGUAGGAAGCACCAAUGAUUUCUAAUCAUGUGACCUUUUUUAUUUUAUUCUAUUGGUCUGACAUUGUUUUUUUCCUUUUUUUUGUGUGUCUUCAUUUUCAUUGAAGUUGUCAUUGGCAUCCCAGAAUGCUUUCUUGCUUGUUUGAAUUCUUCAUCGAAGUUCCUCAUGGACUAUGUUGGUGUAUAUUUUAUUUUAUUUUAUUUAUGGGGGGGGGGGGUUGUUUGUUUUUUGGGGUGCUGGGAGAUCUCUGCUCCAUCUCCCUCCCUCUCCAUCCCUUCCUUGGCUGUCCCAGAGUUACCAUUUCAGUGAAGAGCAUCGAUCCUUUCCCAUCCCUGUCCUGCAUUCUCUGGUCUGACUCGUGCCUGUCUGGAUGUGCUCCCUUGUGCACCAUGCUCUGCUGCGCAGUAUUUCUCUGGCUUUAACUGUUUUGUUGCGGGCAGUUGAAAACAAGCAGAAGGGGUAGCAGCUAUUUAGGAAGCGAGAGAUGGGUUUUCCUCAGUUAACUUACUGCAUUUUUUAAGCUGUCUUUUUCUCAAUUCAGUGUGAUGUGAUCACGCUCAGAGUGAGACUGAGAAAAGAAUAUCAGGGGCUUUUUUUUUUUUUUUGCAUUUAAUUUUGUUUCUGUGGGGUUAUCUUUGAUUUGGAUUCAUUCUCUUUUUAAGCUGAGACUCAACUCUCUGAAAAGCCCACUAUCUUUGUUUUCCAUGCAAAGAUAAAAGCUUAAAAACCGACGGCUUCAUGCCCCCCAUUGCAGCUAGAGAAAAUUGGCUAUUAGGCUUCAACAAAUGGCCACUUUUCUUUCUUCAGGAACUAAGGUCCCAUCCCAUUGGCCGCAGUCAGGCCCACACAGUACUGCAUUAAGGAACCACCGAUGGCUGUGUGCAGGAGCAGUGAUCCCAGAAGCGAGGGCCGUGCCCGCGCUCACUGCCUGCUCGGCUCUGUAGCACUUCAGACAGCCGGCUUCACGUCGGCACGGAGCUCCCAAGCAAAAUGCAGCAGGCAUCCAUUAGCAGAAGGAUAACUGGGAGUAUCUACCUGGUGUUUCAUGCACCCAAAGCUGCAGAAGAGUUGAGGACUGCCUCUCAGGAAAGGUACGGAUGUGACCUGAGCAGGUCAGCCGUAUGCCCAUGACCUAAUCCAAAUCACCAACCAGUUAAAUCUGAACUGCAGUGGCAUCAGUGUCAGUGGGCUCUGGAGCGAUUAGCUGAAUUCUCCAGAUCUCUUUCUCUCUCUUUUUCUCCCUCUGGAGAUUGAUAGCUGUAUUUUCAAAGACACCUCCUACAAUUUUAGCCUUAAGUACAUUCGCUUCCAAGCACAAACGCUUAUGUUUAAGCUCAUAAAACAAACCAUUGUGCACUAGGACAAUUGGGAUUGUUUAACCAGGCUUAGAAGAUGAAUUUAAACUUUGCAGAGCUAUUCUGCAACCUCCUUUAAAAAUGCAAGUCGAAAUAAUAGAUCAUGAUAUUUAUAUUUUUCUUUCAAAUUUGAUACCCCAUGUAAGCACCUCAGGCCAGUAGCAUGGACAAAUGUGUUUUUAUCACUUCAGAAAAUGGCAAAAGCAGAGAGUGCGAUUUUAGUUUUUCCAUGGAGCUUGGGUUAUUUCAGGGCACAUCAGAAGGCAGCAGCUGUAUUUUUUCUUUAAGUACAAAAAUAAUCUCAGCACCUUAGGGUCACCUACAAACCUAUCAGUGCAACAAUGCCAGGCUGGCAUUUUGGAGAGGAGGAGUGGCCCCUCUGUGACAGGCAGCAGUGAAACACUGAGAAACCCGCAUAGGAGGCAGCCAAAUUUUGUAACACAGCUAAUUUCUAUCCUCUUUUGUAUCUUUGCAUUUUUACAUUUCGAUUUUCAUACUGAACACGUAGCAGUUAUUAUGUUUGCUUAACAGAGUGGGUUAUUUAGAGAAGUGAAUGGAAUCGGUUUGCAGAAGUUAACUGAAAUGUUUCACUGUUUCUGAAUGGCUGGAGAGAGAUGCAGAGAGAGAGAGAAAGAGAGAGAGAUCACAAUCUGUUGUCAGCGUGAUAGAAAUUUCACUUAUUCCUUUUCCUUUUUAAUUGCUUAGGGGAAAAAAAGAAAAAGUAACAAGCACAUUAGUUAAGCCUAUUCAUUUACUGUUUUGUGCCUCAGAGAGUGAGAAUGAGACAUCCAUAAUUUUUAUGAGAAGAUGCUUCCUAAAUAUUCAGCGCUAGGAAAAAAGAAACUCCACCGCCACACCAUUAUUUGCAUCAUAACUCAAGACUCGCUCGAUCUGACAAGGCCACUUGUUGGACUCGCAGCUUCCUUCUUAAGUGGAAAGCCAAAACUAACGAGCGCCGCUAGCGCUUGCCGAAGCCGGGUGGCAGGCGGAGCAGCCGCAGCCGCUUGUUCCAGAGGGAAGAGGGGCUUGGCUCUCAAUGGCGCUCAAGAAAGCCCUUCCCUUCCCUUCCACAAAUGGCCAAGGUGCUGCAAGAGAUGGAGCAUUAUCGCAAAGAAGAACCAGCACUGGGUCCCACUUUUACUACCUACCGUGGCUUUCCCUAUAGGGAGCAGGGCUGGGCUGCCUCGUUGCGUCUGAAAGUGCUGGAAGCAGCACAGAUGCUGUCAGAUCGGGGUGAUUUUGACUGAGCAUCUGAUAGAGACUUUCAUUUCAAUGCCAGACAGGAGGAACCCACUUACCAUUCCAUAUGCAGAAAUGAGAAAGUUGUAACAAACUUACAUGUUUACGGUAUUUCUCUGGCUGAAACUAUAUAUAUAUAUAUAUAAAAAAAACCAACAACAAAAA